AUGCUGCCAGCCCGAGAGAAUGUCGAAUUUAAUGCCUGUGACGGCACUGUGCUGCGGGGGUGGUUCUACCCUCAAGAGAAGCGGGCGCCAUGCAUCAUCAUGACACAUGGUCUUGCCGGUAUACGCCACUUUCGCCUCCCCCAAUUUGCACACAGCUUCCACGAGGCCGGAUACACCAUUCUUUUAUACGACAACCGCAACUGGGGAGACAGCGACGGCUAUCCCAGGCAAGAGUCCAAUCCCGCGCUGCAGCAAACCGACUACUACGACGCCUUCAACUUUGCCGUGACAAAAUCAUGCGUCGACCCCCAGCAGAUUGUGUACUGGGGAACCAGCUUCUCCGGCGGCAACGUCAUCUACGCUGCCGCUGUAGACAAGCGCAUCAAGGCCGCCAUUGUCCAGGCCCCUGCCGUCUCCGGCGAGACUCGCUCCGCUGCCUUUGCCGAGCAGAUCCCAUUGGUUCUCGAAGACCGUGCGCGCAUUGCCGCUGGACAAGCGGCCCGACGCGUGCCCGUCAUCGCAUCCAAUCGCGAGGCAGCAGUCGCGAGAUCCGAAAAGGUAAUGUUUCCCGGGGUUUAUGAGUAUGACGAGACGCAAGAGCAGCGAAAGUCUGGUGGUCAAUGGGAAAACUACGUCACAUCGCAAACGCAGCUGCACAUGCUCGAGUUUGAGGCGCAGGCCAUGAUUCAUCGCGUUUCGCCUACACCGCUGCUCAUGGUAGUUCCAGGCAAGGAUGUAUUAGUCACCACAUCGUCGCAGUUGGCGGCGUUUGGCAAGGCGCGGGAGCCAAAGCAGCUUGUUUACUUGGAUGAUGCGGGACACUUUGAGAUUUACACGGGUGAUGCUUUUGACCGAAAUAUCAAAGCUCAGCUCGAGUUUUUAAGUCGCCAUGUUGCAAUCUAA